AUGCAAUGGCUAAAAAUUCUAUUACGGCCAGGUCUCUACAAGGCUCCAACUUUUUAUGACUCUGUGUCAGAUGAAUAUAUUCAAGAUGGCUUUCAAAUCUCGGAGUUCGAAGAGGAUGGCCCGGUUCCCUGGCAUCCAUGGUCCCUGCACAAUCCAGAUGACAGUAAUCCAGACGAAGAUGGCCAUAAUUCUAAACCUGGUGAUGAUGAUCAAGAGGACUCUGAUUCUGAUGAUAAUCAUGGAAAUGGAGGUGGAAAUAUGGAUGGAGACCACUUCAUGGCUGAUCUUAAUGCUGACAACUUCUAUGAUGGUGAUGGUCCUCCAAUCCACGUGGAUGGCAGACUCAAUCUUUAUGCGGAUGUGGAAGUGGAUUACACCAGAAUGGUUGUACCUACUGCGGGAGAGGACACUGAUUCUGUGUAUUCGGUUGGUCCAGGUGACAGCUUUCACUCAUUCUCCUCACAAUCCUCUGAAUUUACUCAUAACACUGAAUCUUAUUUUCCUGAUGAUGCAAGUGAUUUGAAUAUGCCUGUCUCUGUUUAUGCCAUUCUGGAUGUGCCUCCUUCUGAGGACAUUUUGAAUUCUAGUACUGAUGCUAGUGAAUCAGAGAGUAGGAGUUCCUGUAGACAUGCUAGAGUCGCAACCAGGUCUAGGGUUACUGUAGGUUCUGCCUCUGAUUCCUCUGCAAGUUCUGUAAAAUCUAGUCCCGUGAGACGCUUUGAUAUUUCAGUCUCCAAAGCAGGAAGAAAUAUUGCUAAAAAAUCUGGGCCCCGUAAGCAAUACUCAUCAGAUUCUGCCCCAUCACAACUGCAUAUUGAUUCAGCGCCGUCUGAUAGUGAUGAAGAUGCCCAUUUUAUCUUGCACUUUGGAUGGCGGAUGCGCAUUGACGAUGAGGAUUUUGAUCAUGACUCUGACUCUUAUCAUUCCUCUGCUACUUCUGAUACUUCUUCUAAAAGCAGAAAGAGAUGUUCUGAUGAUUCUAAUGGGGACAAGCAGCGAUCUGACAAGAAAAGAGCCUGCAAGGCUGCUGGAAAAGAAGUGGAAGAUUUGUUCCAGGCUCUGGGGUAUGCAUGGACAUUACCUGAGGUUGAAUUGAUGGAGUUCCAGCCUAAAGUUGGUAUUAGCGCCCAGCAGCAAAGAAGCUUGAUGACUAUUGGGAUAUCGGCAAAGGAAGACCACAUGCAGGUGCAAGGUGAAGGACUCCAGUCUCCACUCAUGGUUAUGGUGGAAGGUAACCAGCUGAAUGGUUUUGCAGUGGUUGAACCAGAUCAACCGCCUCUGCUUUUAUGA